CUUCAGAGCAACCUCCCUCACUGUCUAAACAAGAGAUUGAGGAGAUGUUGAACAAAACCCAGCUCACAUUGGAAGUAAAACAGGCGUUUGCUCUGAAUUCACUACUUUCUGGGACUUCAUUUCGGUUUGAUCUCUUCGAAGCAUCGAAGAAAAAGUGAGUCCAAAAUAGAAAUAAAACUAAGAAGAAGGCUGUGAAGACCUCUAAACCUCCUGAAUACUUUGCUAUUCCCCCAUCUGUUGGAGAUGAACUUCCUUCCAAUGCUCCUGGAUCUAUGGGCUCUUUUAAUGAUGCUGAAUUAGCCCAGAACGACCUUGAAAAUGGGUUGGGAAGACGCACUUCUAGAAGGGAAAGGAAGCCAGCUACUAAGCAAGAUCUUGGAUACGAAGAACCAAAGCCUAUUAAAGGAGUCAAACUUUCUGGCGCCUCCAGGGAAAUAUUUAGAAAAUGUGAAGAACUUAUCAACAGCAUGAAAGACAGUUUUGGUAGAAUUCCAGAGCUAGCUUCAUUUUCCUCUCAGUUUGAAGAAGAAAUAAACAAUCUUCGAGAUGGGAAGUAUAUGAGUACCUCCAUGCUCGGGAAUUCAAUCAGAAAGUUGAUGAAUGGGGUUGUCACUAAAUUUAGUAGCAAUCCUAUGCUUGCUAAUAGAGUGGUAGAAAUGAUCAACAAAUUCGAAGAAAGCUUCGCCAGUAUAGAUGAGAAAGUUCUCUUUGAAGAAACUAAACUAGACUCCUACCUAGCAAGGAAGAAAUCAGGCUGUUAUGGCGGUAAAAAGAAGUUGAUGAAACCAGGAUCUAGGUCUGAUGAGGAUUUUGAUAGGCCUAUGAGUAAUGAGGAAAAGAAAAAUUUGAGCAGAGCUAUCAGAAAUUUAACAGCUACUCAACUAAAAGGGAUUAUCUCUAUAGUUAAAGAUAUGUUUCCCGAGAAAAAUGGAAUGCUCGAGUUUGAUAUUGAUAUUCUUCCUCCCAAUAAGUGAAGAGAAUUAGAAGGAUAUGUUAUGAGAGUCAAAAAUGAAGGCAAGAAACCUCAAAGAGUAGGAGGUGUUGUGAGUCCUGCUGGGCUCAUGAAGCAAAAAUAGCGGAGGCCCCUCCCCUUUUCAAGGAAGGGCAACAAAUUCAGAUGAGUUUGGUCGAAAAACAGGAUAUCAAAGCACAUUAGCUUCCAAAGCACCUCCCUAUCCUGCAGAUUUAUCAAACCCAUCGAGCGACUCUGACUCAGAGUCAUCAAACAGUAGCGGAAAGAGUCAUGGAAUGUAGGAGGUUCAUUCCUAAAUUUUCCUAAGUAACUAAUUAAUUCCCUCCAUUU